UGUAACAAUCAGAAAAACUUCGCCUUCUCUCUCAAACUAUUCAAAUACAUGCAUACCUACAUAUAUAAAUUAAAAUUAGCUAAACAAAAAUAAAAAUUCAAAACAAUUCCAAAUCUUCAGGGAAAUUUAAAAGUCUAGCUGAAAUCGAAAAAAUGGCCACAGCAAGAGCAGCGCUAGCCGGCGCACUAACCACUACGUUGCCUAACGACUCCUCGCCGGCGCUGCCAGUACAGACAUCGAGCCUCACAGCUGCCACAGUUUCAACACCCGCAGGAUCAUCUACAACAACACUCGCGCUGCCAGCACCAACGCCAUCAGCGCCGCCGCCGUUGACAGCACAAAUAGCUAAUCUGCUAAAUUUGGCACAAUAUAUGCUGAACAACGUGCGAGAGCAACAAGUACAACAGCACGACGAGACAGAAGUGCAGCAGCGCCGGCGACAAACACGCAAAGGGCAACGUAAUUUCCGCCGGCAGGCGUACACGCCCUACCAACGUCCGAGUAUCGAGACGCAGGGCUUGAAUGACGGUGCGAAUAAUGCAACAAAUACAAGCAACAGUGCGAAUGGCUUGGAAUGGCGCGUGGGUGGAGGAAAUAGUGAAGCGGAUGGCAGAAGUGUAAUUACAAAUGUCGCUCUUGAGCAGUUGAUAAUGAGCGGUAGAGGACACAAGGACAACAAUAACAGUCACUACAACAACAGACAUAGCAGCACAAAUAGAGAAGAUAAUACACAUUUUCGUUGUUCAAUUUGUUUGGACUCGUAUCUGUUGCAUCGGCCGAUGGUCACGCAGUGUGGACAUUUGUUUUGCAAGCGUUGCAUCAGGAAGUGUGUCAGGGGCGUUGGCAAGUGUCCGAUGUGUAAUUGCAAAUUAAAUUCAAACAGCGUUUUUCGUGUGUAUUUUUGAGCUUUUCUUGCUUUUCUUGCCAUUCUGUGGCAACGCUUCCAAUGCACUUCUGCAUUUUCGGUAUUUUUUGUCUUAAUUUUUGCUCUCUUUUGUACUCACUUUGUAGAAUAUUGUCAUUUUCUAGCACACGCGGAAUAUUUUGGAUGUUUUAUGUUCAUUUUGUGCAAAUUUUUAUAAUUUUUGUAUUGAUUUAAAUGUACAUGAGUAUGUGUAUGUGUAAACAAUUUCGAAUAUAUGCACCCGGCGAUUGUACACAUUUUUAAAUUUA